AUGUCAAACUUCCUGAAAAUUUUCCGUUCCAAGAAACCAUCGGAAAAAGAAAAUUUGAAAGCGGACAAUGCUGAGGAAAAAGUAAUUCAUCGUAGCAAAGACAAUUAUGGGGGUGCAUCAUCAUCGAAACGCGAUAAGCGUAUUUCUCGAAUACGUAGCAUUGAUGACUCUUUCAUGAAAGCAACUGCUGCUUAUCAUACGGUUACUCAACCAAGGCAGUACAAAGUUUCUCGAUCCUGUGUCGGGAGAGAUGAGUAUGAUAAGUGCGACAAAUUUCGUCAUUCAGUUGACUUGCAUAAUCGGAAUAGUAUGAAAUAUGGGAAACGGUCAUAUCUAGAAAAAGAUCGGUAUAAUGAACGGAUGUUGUUAAUGGGACGAAACAAUUAUGAUUCAGAAGUUUUCGAUUCUGAUGAUUCAUAUGACUCGCAGAAUGAAGUUGGACGAAACAGUGAUAACGCUGUUCACGCGUUAGAAAUGAAGCUGGAUGGUCUGUUCUACCGCCUUCGUCGAGAAGAAGAACGCAAAAAUGCUUAUAAGCAAAAAUUAAUGUCCGAAAGAAUAGUGAGGCAGCAUGUUGAAAGUAAAUUUGUUGAAGAUAUCCAGCGCUUGACACAAUUAGUUGAGACACUAAAGAAUGAACAAAAAUCGUAUCGUAAUCGCAUUAUGAUUUUAGAAAACCAGAUUAAACAAAGUGGCUUAAAAUUAGUAGCAGAUAGCUUAAAAGGAUCGUCUCUUUUCUGUUCACCUCCAUCAACGUCUAAUGCGCAAGUGCUAGCAAUUAAUGAUUUAGCUUGUUCAGCCACUUCUGGUUCUACCGUUCCAUUAGCAUCUACAUUGCACUGCAAUGCAAUUAAUGAAGAAAGCAUUGACGAAGUGAGGAAUUUUCGAAUCAAUGAGGUAUCAUAUUAUGAGAUUGUCACUUCAUCUGUGGAAGCUGAACGACGUACCAUAUCCGGUAGUUCUUUCUCAACACAUGAAAAUGAGGGUUCACCAACUCUGGAAGAAACUUUACGCACCAUUGAUCGUGCAACUAAAGCAGCAGCAGUGUCGCAUCAGGGGUUUCCCGAUAAAAUCUCUGCGUCAAAAUUACGUAGAUCAAGCAGUGACACCAGACUUGGUCAUCGUGAUAUGAUGCUAAAAUCAACUAAUAUCUAA